AUGAUUCCUUUUUUUUUGCUUGAUGACGCUGAGGAGAAGCAGCUGAUCAAGCCAGAUGUGAAGAAUUGGCUCGGUGAGGUUAAGGAUGCUGUCUAUGAAACCGAAGACGUGUUGGAUGAAAUUGGUUAUGAAGCUCAGCGAUCAAAGUUUGAAGGUUACUCUCAAACCAGCAUGGAUCACGUGUGGAACUUUUUGUCUUCCAAACUCAAUCUUCUUAGCAAGAAGGAGAAGGAAACGGCAGAGAAGUUAAAGAAGAUUUUUGAGAAACUUGAGCGUGCAGUAAGACAUAAGGGUGAUCUUCGUCCGAUAGAAGGUAUAGCAGGAGGAAAACCAUUGACAGAGAAAAAAGGUCCUCUGCCGGAUGAAUUUCAUGUUUAUGGAAGGGAUGCUGAUAAGGAAGCUGUAAUGGAGCUCUUGAAAUUGGACCGUGAAAAUGGCCCAAAAGUAGUUGCAAUUCCUAUAGUGGGUCUUGGUGGGGUUGGAAAAACCACUCUUGCUCAGAUUGUCUACAAUGACAGGAGAGUAGAGCAAAUGUUCCAACUGAAAGCAUGGGUUUGGGUUGCUGAACAAUUCGAUGUGUCCAGGGUAAUUGAGGAUAUGCUUAAGGAGGUCAAUGCAAAGAUUUUUGCUAACAAGGAAGCAGAUGAGCUUCUAAAGGAGGCGUUGAAGGGGAAAAAGGUUUUCCUUGUUCUAGAUAAUGUUUGCAGCAUUGAGUACAAUGAGUGGCACGAGUUAUUGCUAUCUUUGCAGGAUGUGGAGAAAGGAAGCAAGAUCAUUGUAACAACGCACAGUGAACAUGUGGCAAAAGCCAUCGAAACUGCCAUCCCCCCUCAUCCUGUGGAUGGAAUAACAGAUGAGGAGUGCUGGUUGUUGUUUGCUAACCAUGCAUUUGGUGGCAUAAAUUCCACUGCAGAGUCACACUUGGAAGAACUUGGUAGAGAAAUAGUGAGCAAGUGCAAAGGACUUCCUUUGGCUGCAAGAACACUUGGGGGUGUUUUUCACUCUAAAACAGAUUAUAAGGAAUGGGAGAUGAUAGCAAAGAGACGCAUGUGGAGUCUGUCAAAUGAAAACAUUCCUCCAGCUCUAAAAUUGAGCUAUUAUCAUCUCCCUUCCGAUGAAAAACGGUGCUCCUCCUACUGUGCUAUUAUCCCCAAGGGAAGCACAUUUCGAAAGGAUCAAUUAAUCAUGUUAUGGAUGGCAGAGGGCUUCCUCGGAAAUGAGGACAUGGAAUAUAGAGGCAACGAGUACUUCGAUGAUCUUGUAUGGAGAUCAUUAUUUCAACAAUCAAGAGAUGAUCCAUCAAGUUUCAUCAUGCAUGACCUCAUAAAUGACUUAGCUCAGUAUGUGUCUGGAGAGUUUUGCUUCAAGGUAGGGGAAUUUGGUUCGUCUAAGGCUCCGAAAAAGACUCGUCAUUUCUCACAUCAACUUAAAGAUUAUAAUCAUGUCUUGAAGAAUUUUGAGGAUAUUCAUGAAGUCCCACCUUUGCGCACCUUUGCAUCCAUGUCAGAUGAAAGUAAAUUCCACAUAGAUUUGGAUGAAAAGGUAUUGCAUGAUUUAUUGCCAAUGUUGAAUCGUCUACGGGUGCUUUCUUUGUCUCGACAGUACUGGGAGUUGUACACCCUUGAGAAAAUUGUAUGGAUAACUCCAUUGCUGGAUUCAAUUGGCAACUUGAAACAUCUGCGGUACCUGGACCUUUCUGCAAUGAACAUGACGAGGCUACCCGAAAAGGUCAGCGCCUUGUACUCUUUGCAAACAAUAAUCUUGAGAGGGUGUCGUCAUCUCAUGGUGCUGCCAACCAACAUGUCAAACUUGAUAAACUUACAACAUCUCAUUAUAGAAGGGACAUGCUUGAGAGAGAUGCCAUCACAAAUGAGGAAGUUAAUAAUGCUUCAAAAAUUGACAGAUUUCUUUCUAGGAAAACAGAGUGGAUCCAAUUUGAAAGAGCUCGGGAAGCUUGUAAAUCUACGUGGAACGCUUAGUAUUUGGGAUCUCCAAAACACUCUGAGUGUUCAAGAUGCUUUGGAAGCUGAUUUAAAGAGCAAGAAGCACCUUGAGAAGUUGCGUUUCUCAUGGGAUGGUCGCACUGGUGACUCACAGCGGGGGAGAGUCAUACUUGAAAAACUAGAGCCUCAUUCAAAUGUGAAGAGUCUUGUCAUUUGUGGUUAUGGAGGUAGACUGUUUCCAGAUUGGGUAGGAGACUCUGCCUUCUCAAAUCUAGCAACAUUGACACUUAAUCAAUGUAAAAAUUGCACCUCCUUACCACCACUUGGGCAGUUAUCAUCUCUCAAGCAGCUCUGUGUCAUGUCCCUCGACAGAAUCGUGGCUGUUGGUUCUGAGUUCUAUGGACAUAGUGAUGAAGAAGGAGGAGGCGCUUUCCCACUCCUCAAGGAGCUUUGGAUACAAGAUUGUCCGAACUUAACAAACGCUUUGCCUAUUCUUCCUUCCUUGUCAACACUUGGAAUUGAAAAUUGUCCAUUGCUUGUUGUUUCAAUUCCAAGGAAUCCCAUCUUCACUACAAUGAAAUUGAAUGGAAAUUCUCGUUACAUGUUUAUAAAAAAAUCGUCUCCAGGGUUGGUUAGUCUUAAGGGAGAUUUCCUGCUCAAGGGAAUGGAGCAAAUAGGUGGCAUCUCCACAUUUUUACAGGCAAUUGAAGUCGAGAAAUGUGAUUCACUCAAGUGCUUAAACCUGGAGCUGUUCCCCAACUUACGAAGUCUUGAGAUCAAAAGGUGCGCAAAUCUUGAAUCACUAUGUGCAGAUGAGGAAUGUCUUUUGUUUCCAGAAGGGGGUUUUCCCUCCAAAUUAGAGUCGCUAGAGAUCAUUGAGUGCCACAGACUCAUUCCUCAUCGCAUGCAAUGGCAUUUGCAAUCACUCCCUUCUCUUUCAAAUCUUAAAAUUGGUCCAAUACAAGAUGCGGAAUUCUUCCCAGAGAAGAUGAUGAUGCUGCCCCCAAGUCUUAAAUCACUUACAAUAUGGGGUCUUCUAAAUCUGAAAUCUCUGGAUUCAAAUGAGCUUCACCACCUCACCUCUCUGAGAAAAUUGGAGAUUGUGGCUUGCUCUGAGCUUGAAUCCAUGCCAGAAGAGGGGCUUCCCUCCUCCCUUUCUUCUCUUGCAAUCUGGGGAUGCCCUUUGCUAGAAUUAAGGUUGAAAAAAGGGGAAGAUUUGGACAAGAUUUCCCACAUCCCCAACGUAGAGAUUAAUGGGUGCAAGACCAUCUUCCCAGCUUGA